UCUGCAUGCUGUUACUGUUUCGAGUGUGUCUUUUCCCUGGUGUUUGGUUAAAAAAGUGUUGCUAAACGUGAUACGAAACUCUUUAUACGACGAUACUGUUAAAUUAUCUUAAAAACAAUUAAUAAAAAUAGUGCCAGAAAGGAUUUUAUCUUCUUAGCACGAGCAGGUACUUUGAUCGAUCACUGUAUUUGCAGGGAUCUACACGUGUUAUACAUGUACUACAAAGAAGAAAACCUAACCUAAUAUCAUUAUAAAGAAUUUCGUAGAACUAUAUGUAUAUAACUUUGCGAGAAGGUUGAAGGCGAUAUAAUUCACCAGCCGGUGAAAUAAAAAGAAAAAAAUAGUUUCGGAUUUUAAAAAAUAUAGGAAAGAUCAAAGGGCAAUUAUUUGUAUUAAUAUUAAUAAUUAUUGUCACAAAUAUGUCUAAUGCAAAUCCAUUUUUAUCAAAACGUCAAUUUAGGAGAGUUAUUGAAAAUGAAACUAAUAUAGAUCUUGCUGGAUCAUCUAAACACAUUUUAAAACAUAAUUUAUUGACUACCAAUAUUUCUUUUAAAGAUUCUAAUUUGGAUUAUGAUUUGCAUAAAAACUCAAAUGAAAAUAUUAAUAUAUCUAUUGAAGAUAAUAUUAAUGAUAGUGUUUGUACUGAAAUUGCAUCUUUUUUUGAAAAUUGUCAACAACAUCCAAAUAAUAACAAUGAUAUCCAAAGAAACUAUGAUUAUGCAGAUGAUAAUGAUAAUAAUGAUAAUGAAGAUGAUGAUCAUGACUUUCCAGCUAUAGAAAUUAUAAACGAGGCUCACAAUGAUGCUAUAAAUGAUGAAAAAAAAAUAAAAAAUGCUAUAGCUACAUGGGCUGUAACAUAUAAUGUCAAUCAUGUCACAUGUAAUGCAUUAUUAAAAAUUUUGCGGCAAUAUACACCAUAUAAAUUCUCAGCAGAUAUACGAACAUUACUACAAACUCCACGACAAGCUUAUGUUACAAAUAUAUGUGGAGGAGAAUUUUUUUAUUCGGGUUUGGAGAAUAUUAUUAUAAAAAUGUUCUUGAAAUCUUGCGAAAAACAUAUUAAUUUACUCAUAAAUAUAGAUGGUCUUCCAUUAUCAAAAUCAUCAAAUGCAUCAUUAUGGCCUAUUUUAUGUUCAAAUACAACUAAUAAUGAUGUAUAUCUGGUUGGUGCAUUUUUUGGAGAUAAAAAACCGCAAGAUUCUAAUACUUUUUUGCAACCUUUAAUCAAUGAUUUAAUUAAUUUACGUAAUGGUUAUGUUUAUAAAAAUAACGUAAUUGAAAUUAAAUUAUUUGGUUUGAUAUGUGAUGCACCAGCAAAAUCUUUUGUUUUGAAUGUAAAAGGUCACACUGGAUUCUCCAAUGGUAUCCAAUACCGAAGGAUAUGGACUAAAAUAAGAAGCAACGAUUUUUGGCAAAGAAUCGUAGGAGAACAUUUUACUCCAACAGAAUGGCUUGCCACUUUUCGAAUGUCAAAAGAAACUUUCAUAACACUUUGUGACAUUAUUCGAGGUGAUUUAGAACCUAAGCCACUUUUCCUGAAAUCCAGAGAGCCUUUAUCUGUCGAAAAACAGGUAGCAAUAGCUAUAUAUAAAUUAGCAAGUUGUGCCGAAUACAGAAUUGUUGGUGAUGUGAUGGGAGUUCAUAAAUCAACAGUUCGUAAGUGCUUAUUUAGAGUGACCAGGGCCAUAAACGAUAUUAUGACAAAAAAUAUUAUAUUUAUGCCUUCUGAAGAUGAAGCCAAAUUUAUAUCGCUGCAAUUUGAAAAGAAAACGUUUAUUCCACAAUUGUUUGGAUGUAUUGACGGAACACACAUCCCAAUUACGCCACCACAUGAAGGCUACCGGGACUUUGUAAAUAGGAAAGGAUGGCCAUCAUAUAAUGUAAUGGCUGUUGUCGAUCAUAAUGGGAGAUUCAGAAAUAUUGUAAUAAAACAUUCUGGAAGUGUGAACGAUGCUGUUGUAUUCAAGGAAAGUAGCAUAUACAAGAACGCGCAGACUAUUAUUCCUCAAACAUCUAAAGUCAUUGAUGGUAUGGAUAUACCAUACAUGAUUGUAGGUGAUCCGACUUAUCCUAUGUUACCGUGGCUUAUCAAAGAUUAUUCAGGCACGUUAUCAGCAGAAGAAGAGUCUUUUAAUGUAUAUUUGAACUCUGCACGAGUUUCGGUGGAAAUGGCAUUUGGUCGAUUAAAAGCUAGAUGGAGAAUUUUAUGCAAGAAAAUGGAUUGUGCUUAUACAUUUUCUCCACAAAUUAUUCUUGCUUGCUGUACAUUGCACAAUUUUGUAGAAAGUCAUAAGGAACGGUUUUACACUGAAUGGUUAGAAGAAGUGUCUAACAAUGAUCAAGCGUUUCCUCAACCGAGAAUUGUACAAAAUCGUGAUAGAAAUUGCAUGCUUGGUAUAACAGUAAGAGACCAUUUAAAACAGUAUUUAGCAGCCAAUUAUCCUUUACGAAAAUCUCUUAUCCAGUAG